AUGAUCUCGAAGAUUCUCGCCGCUUCUGCCGUUACCGCCACUGCCUUGGCUGGCUACUCGAACGUGACUGUCAUCACCACCGAUGUCACCGUCACUGACUUCGUUACCUACUGCCCUGAGGAAACCACCAUCACCAUCACCAAGUGCACCCAAGACAAGUGCCAAGCUGAAGAAACCAAGCUUGAACAAGGUACCGUCACCAUCACUGGUGAAUGCGUGAUCCCCACCACCGUCACCAAGCACGAAACCGAAACUGUCAUUGAAUGUGUUGAGUGCGAAGAAGCCAAGACCACCGAAGCGUCUGUUUCGAAGGUUCCUCAAACCGAAGCUGAAGUCUCGAAGGUCCCCGAAACCACCGUGACCGAAUGUGUUGAAUGCGAAAAGCCCACCACCCUCGCUGACAUCUCGAAGGUUCCUGAAACCACCGCUGCUGAGGAAUCCAAGCCCCCCGUGCCCACCUACGAAGGUGCCGCCGGUAAGGCCGCUGUCGGUGCUUUCGCCGGUGUUGCCGCUGUUGCCGCUGCUUUGUUGUAA